GAUUCAUUCAUUCUUUUUCUGUGUAUAUAACCAACCAGGAGUAUUAUUUUCUUCUUCAACCUUCACUUCUUCUUCUGCUUCCUAUAUUGCAUUGACGGUUCCACACACACACCAUUGCCUCAAAAAUCAAUCUGAUUUUCCCAAAGUUGCAAUCUUUUUAGCAUUUACUCUGCCAUAAUUAGUCCAAAACCAAACACAAACAUCAGUGGAGAACAGAAGAUAGAGAGAAAAGAAGAAAAAUUUCAAUUUUUCAUAGUAACAAGAAGCUAACAGUUGGUGGUGGCACUUGGGGCUUGAUCAACAACAUUGGGAAUCUGAGACCCAAUUUCCCAAUUCAAAUGAAUCAAACUUCACUUUUUCAAUCCUUCCCAGUAAUGCAAUCUCACCAUGUUCUGUAUGUGAGAGAGAUAUAGCUUCAGAGCUCAAGAAAGUUGUGAUCUUUCACCAUUUUCUUCUCCCAUUGCAGGGUUGACAGAUAAUACAUUAAUAUGCGGGAUAGUGACAAGAAGUUAAAUAGAGGAGGACCGAAAAAGUCCGGUCUUCUGAAGGCGCUCAAAAAGUGUCAAGGGAAGAAGCAUAAAAUGAAAUCAAGAUCUCGUACUAACAGCGUUGGUACUAAUAUAUCAAGGAAGAGAGUUACUGACUCCUCCCUCAAGGGGCCGCACAAGGAUUCUUCAAAUAAGAAAUUGGUUAGUAGACAGAAAUUACAUAAAACUGACAGAAAAUCUUCACAGAAGUCGUCGUCAAAGCUACAAGGUAAAAAAGUUUCUCUCGGCUCUAGAAAAGAGGGGAAAGAUGCUGAUGGGGAGGUAAAGCUACAAAAAUUAAAGAGAAGGAGAAAGAAGAAAAGGCAAAAGAAUAAUGUAGAUGUCGAUGAAGCUUCGCGCUUGCAGAGGAGAACGAGGUACCUUUUAAUCAAAAUGAAACUAGAGCAGAACCUUAUUGAUGCUUACUCUGGAGAAGGUUGGAAAGGUCAGAGUCGAGAAAAGAUUAGGCCAGAAAAGGAGCUACAAAGAGCUCGAAAGCAGAUUUUAAAAUAUAAACUUGGUAUUCGUGAUGCUAUUCACCAAUUGGAUUCUCUUAGUUCCUCAAGUAGCAUUGAAGAUUCUGUCAUUGAUCCAGACCAUGAACAUAUAUUAUGUGCAAAGUGCAAGUUGCGUGAAGAUCUUCCGGAUAAUGGUAUUAUACUGUGUGAUGGGACAUGUAAUCGUGCCUUUCACCAAAAAUGUCACGAUCCUCCUUUAGACAGUGAAGAUAUUCCUGAAGGAGACCAGGGCUGGCUUUGUAAAUUUUGUGCAUGUAAGAUGGAAAUUCUUGGUGCAAUGAAUGCCCAUCUUGGAACUCGCUUCUCCUUGCACAGUGAUUGGCAGGAUGUGUUCAAAGAAGAGGCUUCUCUGCCUGAUGGUGAUGUUGCGUCACUGAAUCCUGAAGCAGAAUGGCCAUCAGAUGAUUCUGAAGAUGAUGAUUAUAAUCCAGAGAGGGCAGAAGACAGCCGCAAUAUCAACACAGAAGAAAGUGAUCAUAAUGCAUCUGAUGAUUCAAGCAGUUCCACCAGUCUGUGUUCUUCUGACAGUGAAUGUUCUCCACUAGAUGAUGGUGUUAACCAUGAACACUUUUCUGUCAAUAGUAGCGUAGAUUCUGAUGAGUCUGACGAGAAGGAAUGUGGUCGUAGGCAGCGAAAAGCUGUUGACUACAAGAAACUUUAUGACGAAAUGUUUGGGAAGGAUGCUCUUGCAUGUGAACAAGUGAGUGAAGAUGAAGACUGGGGUCCAGGUAAAAGAAAGCGCAGAGAAAAGGAGUGUGAUGCUGUUGAUACUCUCAUGACUUUACACGAAAGUGAGAAUAAAAAUCCCAAUAAUGGGCACAACAGUAAGACCAGAGGGGGUUCUUUGGGCGUAAAUAUAAGAAGACCUAAUUUUAGGAUUCCCCAUAAUGCGGUUGAGAGGCUUCGCCAAGUUUUUGCAGAGAAUGAACUUCCUCCAAGAUCUAUAAGGGAAAGUCUUUCAAAAGAGUUGGGACUUGAGAUUCAGAAGGUCAGCAAAUGGUUCAAAAAUGCACGUUACACAGCGCUUAAAACCAGAAAGCUGCAAGCAGGUUCAGAUCAGCUUCAAAAUAUCACUUCUAAGAGCUCUAGAUUACUAAACCAGGAGAAAGCUGAUCCUUUGGAAUCAAAGACCUCACUUACUAUCACCCAUUCGCCGAAGAAUGUUAAAAAUGCCACUGAUGGAAAGAAAAUACAGCCAUCUAGCAGUCCUCUCCAGGGAACACAACGAAAAUUAUCUUCAACUCAGCCAAGAGAAAAUGGCAACAAGGACUUCAUGGAGGACAGUGAUGAUGUGAGCUUGAAGAACUUGUUGAAAAAAAGAAAGAGGAAAGUAAAUUUUACAUCUGAAGGAGACUAUCAGGCUGCAGAGAAAGAAUUUGAGAGACUAAGCAGAUUGAAGAUUAAACUAGAUAGUAUGAAGCAAAAACUAACUGGAAUUCAAAAACAGAGAGUAAAAGAUUCAGUUGAACCACAUUCGAAUGAACCAUCUAUUAUAUAUGUACCCAUAGCUGUGUUAAGGGAGAAGGUUGAAUAAUACAUUUUUUUUUGUAAAAUAUAUGCAGAGCAAAGGUAAAAUAGUA